AUGAGCCAUCGCAAAGUAUAUCCAAUACAUUCCAGAUUUAGAGAGCACGCCUUAUCUACGCCCGGGAGAUCACCCAGUGUUUUGAUGACCUUUAGCUUUGCUAUGCGGAAUGUUCAUCGAUUAGUCGCACGGCGUUUCUUUGUUGCUGGCAGUGACAGAAUCCGCGCAGGGAAGCCGAUUCCCUGCCCCUUGGCAAGCGGUCGCACCGUCGUUGCCGUCGGCCAAUAUGGGUUCCGACACGAUUGGUUGCUUCGACGAGCUUGUUCCUCAACAAGCAGCAACGAGGUGUCACAUGCUGAUGUUGUAGAACCCGAAACUAUGCGCGAACGCCCAAAUUCGAGCAGCGGACACAUCCUUCGACAGAAUGAUGAUGAACUCGACGAACUGGAACGGGCACUAAAGUCAGCACUAGAGUUGUAUCAGUCCUUAAGUCCUAACGAUCCACGAGCUCGGCCCGCCCUAGAAGCGGUAAGGGACUGUUACGAAAAUAUGCUCUACUGGGAUGAUGCGCUAGCUGCGGAACAAGCACUGGAGGAGUUGCUGCUCGUGGAGGAAGAUGACGAAGAACAACAAGCGGCCCGGGCUUAUCGGCGCGGAAAACUGUAUAUGCGGCUGCAAAACCUUGUCGAAGCAAGCCGUUACUACAAGGAAGCCUUGAAUAUAUAUGAACGUAUUUACCCAGAGUCGUAUCGGGCUGAAAAGGGCAAUGUUUUGAUUUCCAUAGCCGGAAUUCGCUUCCACCGUGAACAGCUCCAAGCGUCUUUGCAACUUUUAAUGGAAGCGGAGCCGCAUUUUCGCAAACACGGAUUGCUGCAAACGAGCGAAGCGGCUGCAAAUGAUCUUGAGACUCCAAAUUUGGGAAAGCCGCACGUCGAUCUUGUCAAAUGCCUACAACAUCAAGGACUUUUGCAUCGUACCACGGAAGACUUCGCUGCUGCUUUGAAUGCCUACCAAGAGGCAUUACAUAUUUUGGAAACCUUUUAUUGCUCAGACACAGAAAAUGUGGUCCAAGAACGCCGGCAGGGUUUGCAAAUGGACGUCGCGGACAUGCGGUCCGCUUUAGAUGAAUUUGAUUCCGCCUUGGCUAUGUACGAAACAAUUUUAUCGGAGGACAAAGAAAGACGUCAACGAAAUGGAGACAAGGAAAGUACGGCGCUGGAUGGAGUCAUGCUCCACAGUAUGGGCAAAAUAAAUGCUCAGCUUGGGAACGUUGACCUCGCCAUUGUGCAAUUGACUCAAGCCUUAGAUCUGAAACGACAAUUUGUCGGUGAAUUUCACCCCGAAGUUGCCAAAACACUUUCGGCUCUGGGAGCUGUACAAGCCCUGCGCAGUAAGCAAUCUGAUCCAGAUACAGGUUACGAUGAGGCGCGCCGUGCGGCACUUGAAUGCUUUCAGCAGGCUUUGUUGAUCUCGCGUAUGCAUGCUAAGGAGAGAGAACGAGAUCCCCUCGUGAUGCUGGCCAUGCGAAAUAUUGCACUGCUAAAAGGAGAUUCUUAUUACUUUGAUUUCCCCCCUGCGAUACCCUCGUAA